AUUUUAGAUCAUAAGAGCCUUUUUCGGAUGGAAAUCGGAGGGUUAACAUCAAAAACUUUUUGACUCUUACUUUUAUUAUUUUAAUAAUAGUAACACUAAAGAUUAAACAUAUCCAAAACAUAGAACAAAAACUAAACGAACACUACACUCACUUUCACUUUUCAAUUUUCAUCAGGUGAAUUCUUUUGAUCAAGCACAACAACAAGAAGUGACUUUGACUUUCUGUGAUAACUAUGCUUGUGAACUCUCUCUCACUUCCUUCCAAUCUCUUCACAAGUUUCUCUGCAAGUGAUAUCAGAACAAAUCAAAGAUGGCCACCCUUGAAAUCAUCAAAUUCUCUCAGUUUUUCUUCAAAGUCAAGAUUUUUAUGUAAAAGCACUCAAAAUUCUUCAGGGGUUGGUCCUGAUGAUGCAGUGAUAAUUGUGGAUCACGGGUCACGUCGAAAAGAGUCCAAUCUCAUGCUUAAUGAAUUUGUGGAGAUGUAUAGACGUAAAACUGGAUACCAGAUUGUGGAGCCUGCUCAUAUGGAACUAGCAGAACCAUCAAUUGGAGAUGCUUUUCAAUCUUGCGUUCAGCAAGGUGCACACCGUAUUAUUAUCAGUCCCUUUUUCCUCGGUCCCGGAAGACAUUGGAGUCAGGAUAUACCUUCCUUGAGUGCAGAAGCAGCAAAGCAACACCCUGGUGUGUCAUACAUUGUUACUGCACCCCUUGGACUCCAUGAACUACUUGUGGAUGUUGUGAAUGAUAGGAUCAAUUAUUGCUUAAAGCAUGUAGCUGGAGAUGCAGAUGAGUGUUCAGUUUGUGCUGGGACUGGGAAGUGCAUACUUCAUCAAUAAUUUAUGAAACUGCAUAGUUUUGAAUGCCCUUCUAGGAGGUUGAUGAGGAUAACAUGAAGCUAAAAACCAAAGGAAUGUGUAAAUUUAUCGAGCUGCAGCUGUUCUGAGGCCAUGACUUUAAGAAGCAGAUCGGUUCUUGUAGAUAAACUUUUCUCGGAUUGAACUACCAGUUUCAUCCCUUAACUUGCGCACCCUAUUUCAUACACUGUGUAAACGAAAAUAAUAAGUAGUUUCUAACGCUUUGUCACACUAGUUCGGUAGUCCUUGGUUAUAUAUAACUAACCGGGCACAUUUAAUAAAAGAUUAUGGACUAAUAAGAUCGACAAACGUUAAGAGAUUACUAAUUAUUUUUAUUUAUUUGAGGGGUGAAGUAGGAGAGAAAGUGUUGGUUCUUGAACAAAAUUUGUGGCUUAGUCAUUUCUCCUGUCUUUGGAGUUUUUGCAAGAAGGAAUAAUUUUGUGUAUAAAAUGUUGGCUAUGCACAUGAAAUUGAUUGUUAAGUGAGUGCUCAAAAUGUUCUGUUUUGACUGCUUAAACAUAUGUAAAUUUAUUAAGAGUUCUUUUACUUGUAAGGUAAUUGUUGAAUACUUAUCUCAUGUAAUCUUCUAUAAACUAAAUGUUAAUUUAAA